GACACCGCAAGAGGCCCAUCGGCACUAGGACCGUGUUGGAUCGCCCACUCUUCUAGAGAGUGUCUGUGAUCACUGUCCACGACAGACAAGUCAGCCAUCCUCACAAGGAAGCGAAGAAGCACCGUGCAAAUAUAAUAGUUUGCGAAAGGUUGUGAAGAUGGAUCGUUUCAGUGGUAAAGAAACAUCGGCUAGGCAGCAGACACCUGCAAACAAGAUUUGAGUCGCGAGCAGUGUUAUAAUGUUCAGCGCAGUCAACACUAUGACUGAUGGGGACUAUGAUUACCUCAUCAAGCUCCUGGCUCUGGGGGACUCUGGAGUAGGGAAAACUACCUUUCUAUACAGAUACACGGACAACAAGUUCAACCCCAAGUUCAUCACCACAGUGGGAAUAGACUUCAGGGAAAAGAGAGUGGUGUACACAGCAUCGGGCCCCAAUGGAACCACAGGGAAGACCUUUAAAGUUCACCUCCAGCUCUGGGAUACAGCUGGACAGGAGAGGUUCAGGAGUCUGACCACAGCAUUCUUCAGAGAUGCCAUGGGCUUCCUGCUCAUGUUUGACCUCACCAGCCAGCAGAGCUUUCUCAACGUCCGCAACUGGAUGAGCCAGCUGCAGGCCAAUGCGUAUUGUGAGAACCCAGACAUGGUGUUGGUGGGCAACAAGGCAGACCUGGCGGACCAGAGAGAGGUGCAGGAGGAGCAGGCUAAGGAACUAGCCGACAAGUACGGGAUCCCGUACUUCGAGACAUCGGCAGCGACGGGGUCUGAGGUGGACAAGGCGGUCAUCACUCUGCUAGACCUGGUCAUGAAGAGGAUGGAGCAGUGUGUCGACAAGCCCACCGCCGAUCCCACCAAUGGGGGAGGAGCCACCAAGCUGGAGGACGCUGCGCCUGACCAGAAAAAGUGUGCAUGUUAGACUUGGCCCCUCCCACGUCCCCUUCUCCCUACUCUGAUUGGUGCUCUAGCACCCCCUCUGGUGGCCAGACACAGAAGUGCAGCAGCAUUAUGACAGCAUGAUGUGUGAGGGAGCAGCUCAGUCAGCCACACUGCAAUGGCGCUGUAGUUCUGGCCUUGCACGGCCUGUGUGUACUGUGCUGGGCCUGACUAUAUGUCUCUCCUGUCCUGUCCUGUCCUGUGUUGCGUCUCAAAUGUCACUCUGUUCCCUAUUACAGAACUCCCCGAGUGGCGCAGCGUUCUGAAGCACUGCAUCUCAGCACUAGAGGCGUCAUUACAGACUCCCUGUUUCGAUUCCCGGACUGUAUCACAACCCGCCGUGAUCGGGAGGUCCCAUAGGGCGGCACACAAUUGGCCCAGCGUCGUCCGGGUUAGGGUUUGGCCGGGGGGGGAGGGUAGGCCGUCGUUGUAAAAUAACAAUUUGUUCUUAACGGACUUGCCUAGUUAAAUGUUAACUAAAAGGUCAAAUAAAUAUAGUGCAUUACUAGUCAUACAGUAUGAAUAGGGUGCCAUUUGAGACAAGAGUCUGGACUACCAGAGGCCUAUGCUUUAUAGGACUUUAUAUCCCAAUGUUGUUUACAUGUGUAUGUCCAAUCUAAUCUACUGCCUUGGCUGUUAAGGCCCUAUCCAUAUUACAGAAUAUUAAUAAAAACAUGUGACCAGUUAUUUAUAUAUGAUUUAUAUUUCAUUUUUUUUUUUGUAUUUUAAAUAUAAGUUCUCUUUUUUUUUUUUAAAUGUAUUUUUUGUUUUAGAAUAAAUUAUGGUUCCACACAUUAAUUUGAAUGCCCAAAUAACAGUAGACAAUAACAGUGUCUAGCUAAACAAUAACAGUGUCUAGCUAAACAAUAACAGUGUCUAGCUAAACAAUAACAGUGUCUAGCUAAAUGUGCAUAAAAUACAGUAACAACUUUAUCAUAUUGUAAUAUCAGUCAGGAAAAUAUAUUGCCAAAGCAGAAAAUCUAAUCUCUUGAUAACUGCUGUUGGCCUGUUUGUCUGUGUGCCAAAAUCACCUUCACAUUUCCUGUAGUCCCGGGGCAGGAUUGUCUGUCUGUCUGUGGUUGUUAUCAAGGGCCUUUGACAUUCCUAGCUACUAAUCUCAUGUGACAGACUUUAACAAUAAAUCUAGCUAGUUAGCUAGUGCACUCGA